AUGGAAGAAUCUGAAUCAAUUUUUGAUUAUUUUGCUAGAGUAUUGGCAAUUAUCAAUCAAUUAAGAAGAAAUGGUGAAAACAUUAGUGAAGUGAAGGUUAUAGAGAAAAUUCUUCGCACUGUAACUCCAACCUUCGAAUACAUUGCUACAAACAUUGAUGAAAAUAAAGAUUUAGAAAUUAUGACUGUUGAGCAACUCAUGAGUUCUUUACAAACCUAUGAGGAGAAACAAAAGAGGAAAAAGAAGCAAAAGGAGAUGGUGGAGCAAUUAAUACAACUCAACUUGAAGGAAGAAAAUUUCAGCAAUAAUAGAGAUCAAAGAAUAAGAGGACAUGACCAAGGAAGCGGACGUGGACGUGGUCGUGGACAAGGAAGAGAAGAAAGGGGUGGCUUCAACAACUUCAAUUAUGGAGAAAGAAGUCAAAAUUCACAAGCAACAAGAGGACGCGGAAGAGGUAACUCAUGGUCAAGGAAUGAUAAAUCCCACAUCAAAUGCUACAAUUGCAAUAAGUUCGGCCACUAUGCCUCCGAGUUUAGAUCAAGGAAGGUUGAAGAAAAGGUCAAUUUCGUCGAAGACAAAGGUGGAGAAGAAGGAACAUUGCUACUAGCUUGCAAAGACAAAGAUGAAGGCCAAGAAAAUAGAUGGUAUCUUGACACCGGUGCUAGCAAUCACAUGUGUGGACAAAGAGAAUGUUCGUGGAGCUCAAUGAAGUGGUAA